UGUUACCUGGAAUUUAGUGUCCAUCAUUCCUAAGCAAUUCUUUAUACCUUUGCUCUAAUAUCUCUACACUUUAAUAGUAUAUGGUAUUGCAUUGCAUGCUGUGGUCUCAUUUUAUGUAGUCUUCUACAGUCUUCCUUUGUCAUUGAACCUGCUCGUUCACUUAAACUUCACCUGGAAUAUUGCUUCCAGCGUGACUUAGCUACACUACUAUCGACACCAGCGUCCACUGUUACUGUAUAAUAGUGUUGGGCCCCUAAAAUAUAGCUGGAAAUGGCUUAGGUUGGAAUUUUUAUGUAUCAAAUUAACAUAUAAUUGUAAUAUAGUGUGUAACUGUUAAACGUAUUUGUUUUAUUUCAGGUUAUAAUAUAACUUAUCUUCUCAUGCUUUUCCCCUGCCCCUUUCUCCCAAUUCAUCAACAGUAGAAAAAGUAAAAGAAGAGAACAUGUCAGGACACAAAUGCAGUUACCCCUGGGACUUACAGGACCGGUAUGCUCAGGAUAAGUCCGUUGUAAAUAAGAUGCAGCAGAAGUACUGGGAAACGAAGCAGGCCUUUAUUAAAGCCACGGGGAAGAAGGAAGAUGAACACGUUGUGGCCUCUGACGCAGACCUGGAUGCCAAGCUGGAGCUGUUUCACUCAAUUCAGAGAACCUGUUUGGACUUGUCUAAAGCAAUUGUACUCUAUCAAAAGAGAAUAUGUUUCUUGUCUCAAGAAGAAAAUGAACUGGGGAAAUUUCUCCGAUCCCAAGGCUUCCAAGAUAAAACCAGAGCAGGAAAGAUGAUGCAAGCGACAGGAAAGGCCCUCUGCUUUUCUUCCCAGCAAAGGUUGGCCUUGCGGAAUCCUUUGUGUCGAUUUCACCAAGAAGUGGAGACUUUUCGGCAUCGGGCCAUCUCGGACACGUGGCUGACGGUGAACCGAAUGGAGCAGUGCCGGACUGAAUACAGAGGGGCAUUAUUAUGGAUGAAGGACGUGUCACAGGAGCUUGAUCCAGACCUCUACAAGCAGAUGGAGAAGUUCAGGAAGGUCCAAGCACAAGUACGCCUUGCCAAAAAAAGCUUUGACAAAUUGAAGAUGGACGUGUGUCAAAAAGUGGAUCUUCUCGGAGCGAGCCGAUGCAAUCUCUUGUCUCAUAUGCUAGCAACCUACCAGACCACUCUGCUUCAUUUUUGGGAGAAAACUUCUCACACCAUGGCAGCCAUCCAUGAGAGCUUCAGAGGUUAUCAACCAUAUGAAUUCACUACAUUGAAGAGUUUACAAGACCCUGUGAAAAAACUGGCUGAGAAGGAAGAAAGGAAGAAAAUCGCCCGGCAGGAGCGCACCCAGGCCACAGCAGAGGAGCCGAGUCAGUUAAUUUCAUUAGAGGAAGAAAACCAGCACAAGGAAUCCUCUAGUUUUAAGACUGAAGAAAGACAGAGUGUUUUCUCUGCCUUAGACAAGAGCUCUACAAAUAACACAUGCUCAGAUGAACUGUUAAACAUGCAACCUGAGGAAGGUGCUUGCCUGGGCCCAAUGGCUGGGAACGUGGAACCUGAGGGUGCUGACAAAGAUGACCUGCUGCUGCUGAGUGAGAUCUUCAACGUGUCCUCCCUGGAAGAGGGCGAGUUCAGCAAAGAGUGGGCUGCUGUGUUUGGAGACAGUCAGCUGAGGGAGCCAGCUCCCACUGUGGCCACAGGAGAGCCAGACCUCAAGCCCCAGACAGGCUCAGGAUUCCUUCCUUCGCAGCUUUUAGACCAAAAUAUGAAAGACUUAAAGGCCUCGCUACAAGGCUGGUCAGAGAGCAAUGCCAAUCCUCCUCCUCCAUGGUCUACACCAAAGGCAAGCAGUCAAAAUGGCCACAGCCCUGUAGUGAAAGAGCCUGCCAAGGCUGCCUCAGACCUGACUGCCUGGUUCAGCCUCUUCGCUGACCUCGACCCACUAUCAAAUCCUGACGCCAUUGGGAAAACCAAUAAAGAACAUGAGUUGCUCAAUGCAUGAGUCUGCAGCCUCAGGAAGGGAGCCCACGUGCUGCUCCGCAGCAGCACACCUGGGGGCUUGCAGGCGGGUCACGUGAUCAGUAUGCUGUUUUACUAUUUACGUGCCAUUUUAAUAAAACAAAGGGGUCAGAGGCCCUGUUUAUAUUGGUAUUAUUAUUUACUCUUAUUUGGUAUAAAGGGAUUUAGUGUAUCCUCUGUGUGGACCUAACAAUACAGGAUUGCCUAGGAGCACUUUCCAGGCUGCCCGCUCUCCUGCCAAAAUCUGCAUCGUGGCUGCUGAUGUGUCACUGGGCUACUGUGAGAUCCAAGUUCAAAUCGUAAACCUCCUUUGUGUCAGGUUUAUGUAACGUGUCUGCAGCCUCAGAGGCAGCAGGAGGUGGCGAAGCUGAAAGGCCUCCUCUUGUACCCCCGCCUCUGUCCCCGUUGGAGGGAGGCUGCAGGGAGACUCCCUCUGCCUGCCCAGCCGCCUUCCCGCGAGCUCUGGACGAAGCUCUGGCCGACCAAAGACACUGCCCUCAGCCCUUCCCGACGGCCGUGUGUUGUCUCCCGGGCGGAGGAGUGGGCUGGUCUCCGCUGCAUGACCCGUCCAUGGAAGCAGCCGUGUCUGCAGAUACCAGUGUCUCCUUUUGCCCUCUCCAUGGCUGCAACUCAAAAGCAUGUAUUUCUGGAGUCCCUCGUGACAUUAACUGUUGUUUUUUAAUUAAAUGGCAAAGAUAUUUGACACACA